CGUCGGAAUCCGAGUUCGUCGAACAUAUUCGAACGCACGCUAGUGAGAACCCAUUCACUUGCGGCGAGUGUUUGAGCCUUCUUUCUUCUGAAAGCGCUUUAACUACACACAUGCAAACGCACGAUGGCGAGAUACCAUUCAAUUACAGUCAUUGCUCCUCCUCAUCCAGUAUUGAAGAUAAUUUAAAGGAACACAUGCGAACGCAUACUGGUAAUGAGAAGCUACUUAGUUGCAAUCAUUGCUCCUCCUCUUUCAGUAGUAAAGACGAUUUAAAGAUGCACAUGCGAACGCACACUGGUGAGAAGCCAUUCAGUUGCAGUCAUUGCACGGCAUGCUUUUCUCACAAAAAGUCUUUAACGGCACAUGUUCGCAAGCAUACUGGUGAGAAACUAUUCAGUUGCAGUCAUUGCACAGCAUGCUUUUCUCACAAAAAGUCUUUCACGGAACAUGUUCGCACACAUACUGGUGAGAAACCAUUCAGUUGCAAUCAUUGCUCCUCUUCUUUCAGUAGAAAACACAAUUUAAAGAUGCACAUGCGAACGCACACUGGUGAGAAACCAUUCAGUUGCAGUCAUUGCUCGUCCUCUUUCAGUAUUAAAAACAAUUUAAAGAUGCACAUGCGAACGCACACUGGUGAGAAACCAUUCAGUUGCAGUCAUUGCACGGCAUGCUUUUCUAACAAAAGGUCUUUAACGGAACAUGUUCGCACACAUACUGGUGAGAAACCAUUCAGUUGCAAUCAUUGCUCCUCUUCUUUCAGCACAAAAGACUAUUUAAAGAAGCACAUGCGAACGCACACUGGUGAGAAACCAUUCAGUUGCA